UCCAAUCAAUACAGUAUCGUAAUUGGCGAUGCGUAAUGCGUGAUGAUGAACCUGUGGGCUCCUGGGGGUACAGGGUGUGUUCAGUUUGCGUAAGAGGGCACGCAGAUGAUGACCAGGAGGGCGGGGAUUGGUCACUGGAAGCAUGUCCGUGAGACGCUCCAAAAGUUGUGAGCGCUUUUAACUGAGCCAAGAAGAGACAGUGGAGACGAACCGAACAACAGCAACCGAACCAAGUGGAGCCAAAAGCGCGCGCAUUGGACCGAAAAGGACACGUUAAUUAUCGAAAGCGAAAGGAUGAGCAUGCCGUCUCUCAGACAACUUUGUGCUUUGUGUUUGCUUUGGUGCCUUGGAUGUUGGUGCGCGACAGAUGCAAGUCCUUACAGAGACUGGGAAGACGGUAUUCAGUUCAGACCGGUUCGAGAUCUCCAAAAUGAAGAUCUGAAUGACAUUUUAAUUAGAGAUCAAAAUGAGGAGCAAGUCCAGAAUGUUUUCAAAAGAUUUCUGUUUCAUUAUUCCAAAGCCCGUAACUCCUUGGGGCCCUUACAGCAGGAGAAUCACUCCCCCUCAGUUCACCCUCUGAUGCGACUGUCUCCAAAACUGUCCCAAAGAAGAAAGAAGAAAGUGGUGCUUUUGAUUAGGGCACUGCCGGAGGACAUGUUGUAAGAAAAAUGUCCCACUAAACAAACAAAAUUAGACCCAAGAAGAAGAAAAAGAAGGUACCGUGAGCUCCGGCGGAGAGAACACCCAACUCUCCAGACACAGGUGGAGCGAUAGCAGCAUUGUGGACUUUAAAUAAAUGAUUGUAUAUUUGCCAAACUUAGCGUCACACUGCCAUGCCUCCUAUGUGUCUUCCUGCUUGAGAGGAUAGGUCAGUAUUUUACAACAUGGGGUUUGAAAUCAGGAUCAGUAAGAACACAGUUUAAAUCAUCUUAUGUAUUUCAGCUUCCUGUCCUAAGGUAUACAACAUUUCAAGGUCUUUUUUUCCCAUUCUAAAGACAUUUUGUUUGAAGUUGUUAAUCUUUAUGGCAACACUCAGAAUGUUUCAUCAUUUUGGACCCAUAGUUAAAUCCGAUCAGUGAAAUUUAUCCUUUAAAAUUUAGCAUUCAAAAUUAAAGAUGCAUUUUUGUAUAUUUAUUCAAGUUUUUUGGUGGCGUUGGGGGGAGAGGGGGGUCAGCUUUGCUUGGAAUGUUCCAUAGUAUGGCAUUAAACUGGAUCUUAUUGUUGUUAGCAGGCUUUAUCCAUGGAGACAGAAAAGCUUAAUACAAAACUUGAGAGUGAAUGAGUAAUGGAUCUAAAAUGGAAGUCGAGAAGUGUUAUAAUGGGACAUCCAUACUAUAUAACAAACUUUAGAGCGCAAUAUUUUCGAUUCAACAAUGGUAAAUUGCAAUUGAACCAAUACAUAAUGGUAAUACAUUAAUUUCUACUUGCUUUUAAUGCCCCUCUGGUUCUUGUUUGACAAUUUUCUAACAAUUCUCUAAUAUUCAUGAGGUUAUGUCUUCUUUACGGUGCCAUUUUGACAACUUCUGACAUAUCAAAAGCUAUAAUCUUUUGUUUUGAAUUUAAGUGCUAUGGCAUGGAUAGAUAUGGAAAGAUACUUCAUCUAUUUACCAUAUUACAAACCCCAAGUAUGACACAUCUCCAUUAAAAAAUACUGGCCUAUUUCUAUGUGUUCACUGUCCCGCACAGAUCUUUCCUAUGUAGCACCCUGAGGAAAAAAAACUACCGUCUGAAAAUACAACAACAACAGGUUUAAAUAAAAAUCCUUUAUAAUCAACAGUGAAACCACCUGUUAGAAGAAAUCGCAUGCACCAAAACUGGCAUGAUCAUCGUGGCAAAGAGAUUAAACUUAUAUUGUUUGAAAUGUAUUUAAUGUCGCUUUUUGACACAUGAACAUAAUAAAAAAUAUCUAAUUUGUUUUGAA